CGGAGUUAGAGCGACACCUCCUGGUCGUUCGCAUCGAGGCAUCUGACGUUUCCUCAUAUGGAUUAAUUGAUUGGUGCAGCGAAUAACGUCACAGAACACGAGACAAACAUGGAGGGAAAGACUCCGGACGCGUCCUCAACUGCGCCAAAACUUCUUACACCUGCUCAGAAACAGCUACUUAAAAGACAGCAGGAACUGGAAUACUGGAAGAGGCACUCAAAACAACUGCGGAGCCGUAAUUUGAUCACGGGCCUGACCAUCGGAGCCUUUGUGGUGGGCCUAUUCAGCUACACCAUUCUCUCAGUCAGGCAGGAGAAAAUCAUGGAAGAGAUUGAUGAUGAGGCAAAGAUCUUCGUCAUGAAAGGGCCUCGGACAGGGGCCAACUCUUAGAUGCUCCUCUGUCUCAGUGAUGCCAACUUUGCAAUGUUGGCAGGACAGUUAACAUUUGUCUUGAUGUGUGAGACUGUGGAUCUCUUGCAUUCAGUAUCAA